AUGAAUGAUUUUUCUAGUAAUUGAUGUAUUGUUUUAAUAAACAUCGUAUUCAAUAAGACCCUUUUAGAGGUUAUUUUGAACAUAAAGUGAUUUGUUACAUAUAUUUAUAUCAAAUAUAAAAGGAAAAUAAUUUUAUUCAUAUCAUACCCGUCGUGUGUACAUAGCGGUGAAAUAGUUUUGCUAUUUAUCAUAAAACAGACUGCAAAACGGCGGCAGAAAAGGAAAGAAUUCAUCAACAAGGUCAUUUGACCUACUUAGACCCUCUGUUGAUGAAUGACAAAAGACAGAACAUGUUGAGGCAAAGAUUAAGUAACAGAAGGUUAUUAGUAGACCUGCUUGCAUUGAUGUUUGGUCUUGGUGCAUGGGUUGGUAUAAAUGGUAUAUAUGUUCAACUACCACUUCUUGUAAACAAUGCUCCAGAAGGAUGGAGUCUUCCAGCACAUAUGGUUAUGCUAGUACAAUUUGCCAACUUGGGACCAAUACUAUAUACAUUGUAUAUAAAAUAUAGUAAAUGGGCAUGUGAUAAGUAUAUUACAUAUGUCCUUUUAGCAACAGGAGCACUGUCCACAAUUAUAUUAGCUUUCGUAUAUGAUAAAACUACCAUAGUAUUUAACAAUGAGCAUUCCACCGCUCUAUUGUCAUUGAUGUUUGUAACUGCAAUUGUCGGAUGUACGAGUUCGGUUCUUUUCAUGCCAUACAUGAGGAACUAUAGAGAAAUUUAUUUAGUGUCCUAUCUUGUAGGAGAAGGACUUAGCGGAUUUGUGCCAAGUUUGGUGGCAUUAAUCCAAGGUGUUGGUGGAAAUCCAGAAUGCUUGAAUAAUACUGCAGCAGACUCUACUCACAUAGAACUCACACCGUACUAUCCAGAACCCAGAUUUUCAAGUCAGACUUUUUUUAUCUUUAUCGGUACUUUGUUAUUCUUGUGUUACUUAGCAUUCUUAGGAUUGAACAAUUUAUCCAUUGCCAUUGGGGAACGUGUGAAACAUCCAGCAAACAUGGAAACGUUGCCAACGGAUACAAGAGCACCUCCUAGUUAUAAGACCAAUGCUGGUUGGACAAUGUCUAAGCAAAUGUAUUCAUAUUUAUUAAUUAUGAUGGCAUUGGUUUGCUUCCUAGGUAAUGGUACAUUACCAAGUAUUCAAUCUUAUUCUUGUUUACCAUAUGGAAAUGUUGCGUAUCAUUUAACUGUUACGUUGUCAUCUAUGGCUGGUCCAUUGGCAAUGUGUCUGGGUUUUAUUAUAAAAAUGCCAAAAGUGAAUUUUCUCACUGGUCUCACUGUUAUUGUUAUAGUACUUUCUAGUUUUGUUUGCUUUCUAGCUCUUGAAUCUCCCACACCACCUUUUCAAUUCAGUUGGGUAGGUGAAUUUCUAGUAGUCCUAUCUUGGAUAUUAAUUAGUGGUUUAAUAGGAUUUAUAAAAUUGGGUAUCACAACAUUAUUUAGACCUGAUCCCGGUAGGGGUCUAUAUUACACUGGUGUUGCAACUCAAAUUGGAUCAUUGGUAGGAGCAAUAACAACAUUUGUUUUAGUUAAUCAUGCAAAAUUAUUUCAUUCUUAUUCACCUUGUUCAAUGACUCCAGUGCAUUGACGUUUAAUACAAAUAAUUCUCUUAGUGAAAAUUAUUAAAAUUAUUAAUUAGAAGAACGAAAUAUAUGUUUUAGUUCUGCUGUCUAUCAUUAUAAUUAUAUAUAUGGUCUAAUCAUACAAGGUCUAAUCAUUUUAAAUGUCAUAAAUUUAGGGGUUGGAUUUACACAAAUAGGGAUUAUUUUAGAUUUUAUAAUUUUAAUAUUAGACAGAUCAAUUGCAAUUUCAAAGUUGA